AUGCGUUCCCCUUCGCCAUGUCUUUGCGUCAACAAAAUUGAUUCUUUUGCUGGUCUCCCGUCUCAGCGCGGCGUGUCAGCCUUUGCAGCCUCUAAGCUAAGGGCAACAUGUGGUGUUCGCAUCGAGCACGCCGCAGCUAUAGGAGCACUCUUUUCCGGCAUCGCUGACGGAGACGCGGAGGAGCUGAUCCUGGAAGUCGUGAGCACUGCGGCAGAUGAUUCUCGCGGGGUCAGGCCGAGCGGCUUCAAAGAGGCCCAGCAGCUUCAGGUGAACAAGCUGUCGACCGAGUCUGGUUUCGAAGCACUGAGUUUGAGGUACAGUGAAGCUGUCCGAGCCACCUGGCCAGAUGACUACCGGUUCCAGGCAUCCAAGAGAUCCUGGAGAGCCUCCAUCGCCUUCGCCCCGGACAAGGCAUACGUGCUGCAGAUGGCAACGCGUGCAGAGGAGAGAAGCGAAGAUGCCGUGAAAUGGGACUUGGAGGAUGCCAAAAGCGCAGGCUCCUAUGCUCAUCGCUUCAACUUGUACAGUCGUGAGCAUGCCCGAGAAGCUGGCGAGGCAGUAGACGAGCUGCCGUGUGUCAAGGUGGCUGCCCCAGUUGCAUGUCGAGUAGUCAAGACCAGCUUCCCCGCACUGCUUCCAGUCGGAGCGUACUGCACACUGUGGCCUUACUCGGACCCCGAG